AUGAGUUCACUCAAAACUGUCAUCCAAAGCACCGAGAUAGUUAGUGCCAGUGCCAGUGCCACUAUGAAUGAGAGGCUGACUCUCCCAGCUGUUUCAUAUGAAACCAAAAUACAGAAACACGAUGACUUGUGGCGGCUGCGGCGGUGGCUGCGGCUGCUGCGGCGGCUGGGGCUGCUGCGGCGGCUGGGGCUGCGGCGGCGGCUGGGGCUGCGGCGGCGGCUGGGGCUGCGGCGGCGGCUGGGGCUGCGGCGGCGGCUGGGGCUGCGGCGGCGGCUGCGGCUGCUUCCACAACCUUGCAACACUGCAGGCAACACUGUAGGCAACACUGCAGGCAACACUGUAGGCAACACUGCAGGCAACACUGCAGGCAACACUGUAGGCAACACUGCAGGCAACACUGUAGACAUCACUGCAGGCAACACUGUAGGCAACACUGUAGGCAACACUGUAGACAACACUGCAGGCAACACUGCAGGCAACACUGUAGGCAACACUGCAGGCAACACUGUAGGCAACACUGUAGACAACAAUGCAGGCAACACUGUAGGUAACACUGCAGGCAACACUGUAGGCAACACUGCAGGCAACAUUGCAGGCAACACUGUAGACAACAAUGCAGGCAACACUGUAGGUAACACUGCAGGCAACACUACAGGCAACACUACAGACAACACUGCAGGCAACACUACAGGCAACACCGCAGGCAACACUGCAGGCAACACUACAGGCAACACUGCAGGCAACAAUGCAAGCAACACUACAGGCAACAUUGCAGGCAACAAUGCAAGCAACACUGUAGGCAACACUACAGGCAACACUGCAGGCAACACUGCAGGCAACACUGCAGGCAACACUGCAGGCAACACUGCAAGCAACACUGCAGGCAACACUGCAGGCAACAUUGCAGGCAACACUGCAGGCAACACUACAGGCAACACUGCAGGCAACACUGCAGGCAACACUGCAGGCAACACUACAGGCAACAAUGCAGGCAACAAUGCAAGCAACACUGCAGGCAACAAUGCAAGCAACACUGCAGGCAACACUGCAGGCAACAUUGCAGGCAACACUACAGGCAACAAUGCAAGCAACACUGCAGGAAACAAUGCAAGCAACACUGCAGGCAACACUGUAGGCAACACUGCAGGCAACACUGUAGGCAACACUGCAGGCAACACUGCAGGCAACACUGCAGGCAACACUGCAGGCAACACUGCAGGCAACACUGCAGGCAACACUGCAGGCAACACUGCAGAGGUCUCUGGGUCUCUGGGUCUCUGGGUCUUUGGGUCUCCGGGUCUCUGGGUCUCUGGGUCUCCGGGUCUCUGGGUCUCUAGGUCUCCGGGUCUCAGGGUCUCUGGGUCUCCGGGUCUCCAGGUCUCCGGGUCUCCGGGUCUCCAGGUCUCCGGGUCUCUGGGUCUCUGGGUCUCCAGGUCUCCGGGUCUCUGGGUCUCCGGGUCUCUGGGUCUCCGGGUCUCCGGGUCUCUGGGUCUCUGGGUCUCCGGGUCUCCAGGUCUCUGGGUCUGCGGGUCUCUAGGUCUCUGGGUCUCCGGGUCUCCGGGUCUUCGGGUCUUUGGGGUCUCUGGCUCUCUGGGUCUCUGGAUCUCCGAGUCUCUGGGUCUCUGGGUCUCCGGGUUUCUGGGUCUCCGGGUCUCUGGGUCUCUGGGUCUCCAGGUCUCCGGGUCUCUGGGUCACUGGGUCUCCGGGUCUCCGAGUCUCUGGGUCUCUGGGUCUCUGGGUCUCAGGGUCUCCGGGUCUCUGGGGGGUCUCUGGGCCUCCAGGUCUCUGGGUCUCUGGGUCUCUGAGGGUCUCCGGGUCUCUGGGUCUCCGAGUCCGGGGGCUCCGGGUUUCUGGGUCUCCGGGUCUCCGGGUCUCUGGUUCACGAGCGCCGUCGAGGCGCUACGAGGUCGUAUAUCAUCCGAGGUUCUCACCGCGAAAGACCGCCUCGUAGCCACCAUCUCAGAGAUACCAAGUCGCUAUGAUCGAGAUUAA